GGACCUGAGCAUGUAGAUGUCGCAGAUUCUUACAAUAACCUGGGUACUGUAUACAGUCAUCUAAGUAAUUUCCAGCAAGCAAAGGACAACCAUGCACGUGCACUAGACAUUUAUCUUAAACAGCUCGGACCUGUGCAUGUAGAUGUCGCAGCCUCGUACAAUAACCUGGGUACUGUAUAUAGCGAUGUAGGUGAUUUCCAGAAAGCAAAGGACUACCAUGCACGUGCACUGGACAUUCGUCUGAGACAUAUCGGACCCUGGCAUAUAGAUGUCGCAACUUCUUACAAUAAGCUGGGUAAUGUAUACAGUGGUUUAGGUGAUUUCCGCCAAGCAAAGGACUGCCUUGCACGUACCCUAGACAUUCGUCUGAAACAGCUCCGACCUAAGCAUGUAGCUGUCGCAACUUCAUACAAUAAUCUGGGUACUGUAUUCAGAAAUCUAGGUGAUUUCCAGCGAGCAAAGGGCUACUAUGUACGUGGAUUGGACAUUAAUCUGAAAGAGCUCGGACCUAAGCAUGUAGAUUUUGCAACUUCUUGCAAAAGCCUGGGUACUAUACAGUGAUCUAGGUGAUUUCCACCAAGCAAAGUGCUACCAUGCACGUGCACGGGACAUCCGUCUGAAACAUUUCGGACCUUAGCAUAUAGAUGUAGCAAAUUCUUACAAUAGCCUGGGUAAUGUAUACGGUGAUCUAGGUGAUUUCCACCAAGCAAAGGUCUACCUUGCGCGUGCACUGGACAUUCGUCUGAAACAGCUCGGACCUGAGUAUGUAGUUGUCGCAGAUUCCUACAAUAACCUGGGUACUGUAUACAGUGAUCUAGGUUAUUUCCAGCAAGUAAAGGACAACUAUGUAAGUGCACUGGACAUUCGUCUGAAACAGCUCGGACCUGAGCAUGUAGAUGUGGCAGCCUCUUACAAUAACCUGGGUACUGUAUUCAGUGAUCUUGGUGAUUUUCAGAAAGGAAAGGAUUACCAUGCACGUGCACUGGACAUUCGUGUGAAACAGCUCGGACCUAAGCAUAUAGAUGUCGUAGCUUCUUACAAUAACCUGGGUACUGUAUACAGAAAUCUAAGUGAU